CUUGUCACACCCUCACACCCAAUGAGAAGAGCCACAAACUAAAGUAGAAGCCGGCGCCAAUUUCAAUCCAAGAUAAGAUUACUAAUCCCUUCUUCCUCUCCUGUGGCUCUCAAACUCUCAGACUCUCAGGGAGGGAAUUCUCAUAAACCCUAAAACAGUAAUGACUACUCUGCAAGCUUCGCUUCUCCUUAACCUCCCACUCACUCCAACUCUUUCUUCUUCUUCACUCAAACGCUUUCACUUCUCUCGCUGCUCGGGUUCUUGUAGUUGCAGCCCUGUUUUUCUUCCCAAUAUCAAUGUCUCUUCAUCGCCGAGCUCAAGAAAUUUCAGAUUCAGCGGUCGGAACACGUCGAUUCCCUGCACAUUGCACCCGGAGAACGCGAGUUUGGAUCAAGAAUCGAACUUUGUCGACACCCGUUUGGAUUCCGAGGGGAAAGAAUCGAGCUUGGAUGAAAUUAACGGCGGGGAUUUGAGUAAUAGCUCGGUUGCCGGAGCUGAAAGGCCCGAAAGUGAGAAACUUGAGGCGAAGGAGCAGUCUGGGGAGGUGGGUUUGGAGAAUGGGGGUGAGAAGAGUGAGGGAGUGGUGGUGGAGAGUGGGGGUUUGGUUGGGAAGAAGAGUGGGAAUGGGUUGCCAUUGGUGGUGUUCUUCAUGGGGUUGUGGGCAACUGCAGGGAGAGGGUUUGAGAAGGCAUUGGCGUCGGAAUGGUUCAGUUGGUGGCCGUUUUGGCGGCAGGAGAAGCGGUUGGAGAGGCUGAUUGCGGAGGCGGAUGCGGAUCCCAAGGACCCGGUGAAGCAGAGUGCUCUGUUUGCUGAGCUCAAUAAGCACAGUCCUGAGUCUGUCAUCAAGCGCUUUGAACAAAGGGAUCACGUUGUAGACAGUAGAGGAGUUGCAGAGUAUCUUCGAGCUCUUGUGGUCACUGAUGCUAUAGCUGAAUAUCUUCCAAACGAUGAAUCUGGAAAGCCUUCUACUCUUCCUUCGCUGUUGCAAGAAUUGAAACAGCGUGCAUCAGGCAACUUGGAUGAACCCUUUGUCAAACCUGGCAUAAAUGAGAAGCAACCAUUGCACGUGCUGAUGGUUGAACCGAAAGUAUCAAACAAAUCUCGUUUUACUCAAGAGCUUGUCUCAACCAUCUUGUUCACAGUUGCGGUUGGAUUAGUGUGGUUUAUGGGUGCAGCUGCUCUUCAAAAGUACAUAGGGAGCUUGGGUGGAAUAGGUGCUUCAGGUGUUGGCUCAGGUUCUUCCUAUACCCCAAAGGAGUUGAAUAAAGAAGUGAUUCCAGAAAAGAAUGUUAAAACCUUUAAAGAUGUCAAAGGCUGUGAUGAUGCAAAGCAAGAGCUUGAGGAGGUAGUGGAGUACCUCAAAAACCCAACUAAAUUUACCCGCCUUGGGGGCAAGUUGCCAAAGGGAAUUCUUUUGACAGGAGCACCAGGAACAGGAAAGACAUUACUUGCUAAGGCUAUUGCUGGAGAAGCUGGGGUGCCAUUUUUCUAUAGAGCAGGAUCUGAGUUUGAAGAAAUGUUUGUUGGAGUUGGUGCUCGGCGUGUAAGAUCGUUAUUUCAAGCAGCUAAGAAAAAGGCUCCUUGCAUCAUUUUCAUUGAUGAAAUAGAUGCUGUUGGAUCCACUCGGAAACAAUGGGAAGGGCACACAAAGAAGACGCUGCAUCAAUUACUGGUUGAAAUGGAUGGUUUCGAGCAGAAUGAGGGAAUAAUUCUGAUGGCUGCAACCAACUUGCCUGAUAUUCUUGAUCCAGCAUUGACCAGGCCCGGUCGAUUCGACAGGCAUAUUGUUGUUCCAAAUCCAGACGUUCGAGGUCGUCAAGAGAUAUUGGAACUUUAUCUUCAAGAUAAGCCAUUAGCUGAUGAUGUGGAUGCUAAAGCAAUAGCCCGUGGCACACCAGGAUUUAAUGGGGCAGAUCUUGCGAACUUGGUUAAUAUUGCUGCUAUAAAAGCUGCUGUUGACGGGGCUGACAAGUUGACUGGUUCACAAUUAGAAUUUGCCAAGGAUCGGAUAGUAAUGGGAACAGAACGGAAAACAAUGUUCAUAUCUGAAGAGUCAAAAAAGCUCACUGCAUACCAUGAAAGUGGUCAUGCAAUUGUUGCUCUGAAUACUGAGGGGGCACAUCCAAUUCACAAGGCUACAAUCUUGCCUCGUGGAUCUGCUUUGGGAAUGGUCACCCAGCUCCCUUCAAAUGACGAGACAUCAAUUAGCAAGAGGCAGCUAUUAGCUCGUCUUGAUGUCUGCAUGGGAGGAAGAGUAGCAGAAGAGAUCAUCUUUGGUCAGGAUUUUGUCACAACUGGAGCAAGUAGUGAUCUAAACACAGCUACAGAGCUGGCCCACUAUAUGGUAUCAAGCUGCGGUAUGAGUGACACAAUUGGGCCAGUUCAUGUCAAAGAGCGACCAAGUUCUGAAAUGCAAUCUCGUAUUGAUGCAGAAGUUGUGAAAAUGUUAAGGGAAGCAUAUGAUCGUGUAAAGGUCCUCCUAAAGAAGCAUGAGAAGGCGUUACAUGCAUUGGCAAAUGCACUUUUGGAGUAUGAGACACUUAGUUCAGAAGAAAUUAAGCGUAUUAUGCUGCCAUAUCAGGAAGGACGGCUGCCUGAGCUACAAGAAGAGCAACAAGAAGAAGGGGAUCUUGUAUUGGUUUAGACUUAUUCUCCUCUUCUGGUCUGUAACUUAUCCGACUGUCGGGGAAGAGCCUUGUACAGUGUAGUUGAAGGCAUUACAGGUGGAUUAUCUAUACAACUUUUUCAAUCAUGAUCGCGUUCACUCAUCCUAAAAUUCGUGUCAUAAGAUGUGAUUAGGAGUUCUACGUGUACGCGCCACAACUUCUCUCAAGCAACCUCAACUCCUGCUCUUUGUUGACAAGCCAACGUGGAUAGAAAUCAUGUACCAUUAGAAAAAUCAUGUAUUAUUUGAACUUCAUCCAUUUUGGGUGAAUUUUGAAGAAUGUCAUUGUUUGCUAUCAAAGAAAUAAAAGUAGUCUAAUCUUUCGAGAAUGUUAAUAUACCAAUGGCUUGUGUACAAAGAAAUGCAUUAUUGCUAUCAAAUUGAAAGUUGAAUUGUUGAAAAGCUC